AUGCUUGAUUACUUCCAGCAUCAGACAAAUUUCUGCGACAUUGGUUUUCCAAAUCAAUGGAUUUCUAAGUUUAGUAGGAGAUUGAUAUGUAUUCUCCUUCUUGUUCUAACUUCAAUCGACAACAACCACGACCCUCCCUUCCUUCUUUUAUGUUCUGAUUCGAUUCUCACCACACCUUCUUCGAUUCAGAUAGUAGGAGCUUGGGAUGGUGAGUAUGGUGGUGCUGAUCGGAUUUCUGUGGAAAAUCAAGAAGAGGUUAAGGCAUAUGUGUGUUGGCUUGUGGGUAUGGUGGAUUAUGGUGGUCUGGUGAUGUGUGAUGUGGGUGGUGUUAGAGGUGAUGUUCACACUGAUGAAUAA